CUCGGCGAACAUAACCUCAACACGGGUUACUUAUGCCUGCUUCUGUAUAUACUUUCGUUCUUGUAGCUAUUAAGGAACAUUUAAAUUCUCCAAAAUGUUGGAAGGACUUGUAGCCUGGGUGCUAAACAAUUACCUUGGAAAAUACGUGGAGAAUUUGAACACUGAUCAAUUGAGUAUCGCUUUAUUAUCGGGGGAAGUUGAAUUGGAAAAUUUGCCAUUGAAGAAAGAGGCAUUGCGUCACAUUGGUUUACCAGUGGAAAUAAAAGCAGGAUUCAUUGGCAAAGUUAGGCUACAAGUGCCUGUUCGUCAAAUAAGAACUGCCUCAUGGGUUAUAGUAAUAGAACAGCUUUAUCUGGUAGCUGGCCCAAUCAGUUUGAAUGAGUUUGAUAAUGAGGCAGAGGAGCAGGCAAUUCUGGAAUAUAAGUUGAGCAAAUUGGAUUCCUUGGAAGCAAGAUGGAGAACAGACACAGAGACAGAUCCUGGUUACUAUGCUACCAGCUACAGUUCUUGGGUGAACUAUGGCACCUCCUUAGUCACAAAUAUCAUUGAAAACUUACAACUAAACAUUAAAGAUGUUCACAUAAGAUACGAAGAUGGUGUAACAUUACCAGAUGGUACUGGCAUUGUACUUGGGGUUACUAUAGGAGCUCUAACUGCUCAAAGUUGUGAUGCUAGUUGGAUACCAGGUUCCACUUCCUGGAACCUUACAGAUGCUUCUUUCAAGCUUAUAGAACUUGACAGGCUUUCAAUUUAUUGGAAUCACUUGAAGCCAGACGAGUUUUUUGGUACCCUCAAUCUCGGUGAUUUAGCUAUUGCCAUGAGCGAGCCAAAGAAUAUAAUAAAGAAUCACAUUCUGUCACCAGUUAAUGCAAGGGCUCAUAUUAAGAGAAAUAGGUCUGAACGACCAUUAAGGUCUAUAAAUAAACCCAGAAUCAUAGCAGAUCUCUUGCUAGAUGAUGUUCCAUUAUGUCUCACAGAUGUACAAUAUGAUCAAAUAGUCAAAUGCAUAAAAGGCCUGAAAGAUAUAGAUCGCUGUAAGCAACAGAGACGCUGCCGUCCAACAGUUAGUGUAUCUGCAGCACCAAAGGAAUGGUGGAAAUACGCAGCACGGUGCCAUCUCGGUAGAGAGACCCUGAAAACAAGGCCCACUUGGGAGGACAUUCUCCGAAGGGGCAAAGAAAAUAUUCUGUAUGUGGAGAGUUACACUAAAAUGCUAGGAACACCAACUAGUAUCUUACCUACUGAUAUGAAACAGCUGAAAGAGAAGGUGGAACAGGAAAGGAGCUACGAUGAGCUUCGAGAAUUAAGAGAAAUAGCAAUGUACAGGGUCAAACCGCCAAAAUUGGUUCAGAAUUCCAACGUGAAUGUACCUCAACCCAGGGGAAUGUUAGAACAGUGGUUUCCACAGUGGUGGGGGUGGUACUCUAAAACUUCGAGCACAAAUAUUCAGACUAGCUCUUCCACGUUCGAUGGAGAACUCUUGGAUGUCUUAGCAGACACUAUGGACGAUGACACGUUGCUACGUCGCGACACAGUGUUUGGACAGUUCAAUUUCACGUUGUCGAAAGGCGCCUUCUCUCUAUGCACAACAAAAAACAAUGACGAGAACGCGAAAGCAGUGAUCGAGUUGCAAUUCGAACGUGUAAACUUGAGUUACGAUUCUAGACCAAGGUCUGGCUCUCACAAAUUCUCCAUCAGCUUAGGGGCCUUGUAUCUGCACGACUACCUCACAGAGAACUCGACUUUUCCUAUUCUAGUACAGCCUCAAGUGAUACCAACAAUAAACACUAGAGUACGCAGCUCUACUGAAAAACUAACCAGUCAAUUACCUCAACAUCUGUUCGAGAUGGCCUACGAAAAGAGGCCACUACACUCGAAUGCCGAUCACUCGUUGCAUGUGAAUUCCAAGUCUUUGGAUAUAGUGUACAACCCAGCAGUAAUACACUGGCUCAUAGAUUUCAUGUGUAAGCCACACAGGUCAUCGUCUAACCAGAGACUGCAAGCUAUGAAGCGUAAGACUAGAAGGCAACUCAUCAAGAAUUGGGAACAGAUUCUAGACGGAGAUCUGGUGUACCGUUCCUCGUGGGAUCUGCAGUUCAAUAUAUCCGCGCCGCAGAUCCUUCUUGUGGAGAAUUUCACAGAGUCCAAUGCUGCUGUAGUAGUUGUUGACUUUGGAAAGCUUCAUCUGUCGAACAGCGUACAGACAAACGGGGUCGUCAUGAGACCAGGCUCCCCUGAGGAAGAUGUCAAUAGCGAUGACGAAGACGAGAGGUUUGAAACACCUUGCUCGACACCGCCUGGUAGUCAAGAAAAUGGCUCCGUACAGGACUUUCAGACCAUAUCUGAGACAGCACUGCAUCAGAAGCUCUAUGAUCGCUAUUCUAUCGAUCUGGUGGACCUACAGAUUCUAGUGGGCAAGGUGAAGGACAAUUGGAAACAUGUACGAACCAGAGGAAUGUCCAGCUUGCACGUUUUGGAGCGAUUCAACAUAUCUUUGCAAGUAGAACGACGAGUUUUUGCCUCAUCUGAUCCGAAUUUGCCAUCCGUGACUGUUUCUGGAAACCUACCAAGGCUAGUGGUCCACGUGAACGAGCAGAAAGUGGAGGCUAUCAGAUUGAUGUACAGUUUGCUUUCUAGUUUCUCCAAAUCUACUGGAAUCGCUCAGAUUGACGUGGUUAAUGUAGAACCAGAGAGUCCCAAGAAAGAGGAGAAUCUGGAUAAAUCCUUGAGCCACGCUGUGAUGGUUCAGUUCAUCAUAGAUCAAAUGACCUUCGAGCUUCAGUCUAGAGGUCGAAGCGUGGCAGAAUUACAAGUUUCAGGUGUUCGUGCAGCCUUCAGCAAGAGGACAGCGGACAUGAACGUCUCUCUGUCCGUCCAUGGCUUACUUUUAGUCGAUGCUCUUCAAGAAUUUGGGCCUGAUUUUGAGCUAUUGGUGGCUAGUCACAAACAUGUAGGAAUGGACAGCAUUUCUGGCAGCUUGAGGGAUUCAGAGCCAACAUCUCCCGUUUCUCCUGUAUCUCCCGGCUCUCCAGAUCCUAAUAUUCCAAGGAGAUUGACCUCUCCAGUAGCUUUGACCAAUGCUCUAUCCAAUCUAGCCAGUAAAGCGAAAAAUCCACAGUCGCCCAGGAAUAAUUCUCUGAUAGAAUUGGAAAAAAUGGACUCGGAAGCUCUGAUUGUAAUCGAGCUGACACUAGUGUGCGACACACUGGAGAUUCUCAGAGUGGCCAACAUCCAGUUCAACAAUUUGGACAUUAUUGCCAAUCAAGAGACAAUAGUGGAAUUGAUGGGUUUCUUCAGGAGAAUUUUUCCAUCACGCAAGAGGAGACCAGGCCACAUAGAGAGACAGGAGUCGUUUUCCAGUCAAACUGUAGAGCUAAAGGUGUCCACCAGGACAGAAAUUACUUUCGAUUUCCACAGAUUAAAUGUUUUGCUUCUAAGAGCAGUAAUGCAGGAUAACCAUCUGGUGGGUCAGAAAAUAGCUACAGCUACAAUGUGUGAUGCCAGGAUACAGGCAACCCUUGCAGUGAAUGCUUCCAUCUCUGGUUCUCUUGGAGGCCUACAGGUUCUGGAUCAGACGUCUACUGGUAAAACACAUCAAAGAAUAGUCAGUGUUGGCAGGGACCCUAUAGCUGAUCCUCCUCAGCAUCCACUGGAGCAUUUUACAGGUUUGUCUGAUCAGCCAGAAGCACUAAGGUUCUCAGCCAAUAGGUGUACCAAGGUUUGCUCACAGGAUGGAAUGGAGACCUUAAUCGAUUUGACCAUACGCAUAGGUAGUGUAUGGUACACCCAUGCACCACAUUUACUGUCAGAGUUACGCUCCUGUGCUGACGAGUUCAAGCAGUAUCUGAGUAAUCUAGCACGUCAGAUCAGUGCAGCUGCUACUGACAUGGCCAUAGGCCUGGUAAAUGCUGAGGAUUGGUCCAUACCUCCUCGUAGACGGUUGCCGAGUCUCUCUGUAGAUCUUGAGAGCUCAGGAAGCUUGUCCUUGAAGCUGGACGUUCUCCUAGACAGCCCUGUUUUGGUGAUUCCUCGUUCUUCUCACAGUAGGCAGGUAUUUGUGGCGCAUCUUGGUACCAUGUCCCUGCAACACGAGCCUCAUCCUGGCUCCAUGGCAAAGCACAAAGUGACCCUGGAAGUCAGAGACAUGAAUCUGUACUCUUUGGAAAUUUCUGCCAAUGUCAGCCAAGUUCACAGUAAUUUGCCUCUCAGAGCUGAUGAUAUCUACUGCUGUAAGGAGUCAGGAAAGCCAAUCUUGCACGACACUAUGCUGAAAGUGGUGGUCGAGAAAGAGAAUAUGUUAGCACAAAGUCCUAGUUUUUUUCUCGACAACGAGUUCUCCAGCAACCCCAUUGUCCAAGUCCAUGGUGUCGUCAUGACGCCAUUAAAAGUCUCUUUAUCUCGGGGACAAUAUGAACAGUUAUUAGACACGAUAAACAGGCUCUUCUCUAUGCCAGUAUCCGUUUCAGUUGUUCAGAACUCCCAAGUUAUGAACAAAGUACCAAAUUAUUCUGACAAACUCGAUCUGUCCAUCAAGGUCCUUUUUGAACUGCCCACUCUAAGUGUAGAGUUGAAGCAAGGGCCUCUGGAACAGCCAUUGGUUGAACUAUCAAUGCGGGAUUUUGUCGCAAAGUACGAGAAACUACAGAAAAACGAGUCCACCAUUCAAGUAGCUGUACGGUCCCUCCUCAUGGAGGAUCUUCUGUGUCCCAUUGGCUCCAGACACCGUUGCAUGAUGCAGUCCUCAGCGCCAAGUCGUGCCAAGCUUCUUGCUGGAGUUUCCAAGUCUUGUCCAGACUUUGCAUUCAUUCAACAGGUCAGAAGUGAAUUUGGAAGAGGAAGUUUGCCUGACCGAUUGGAAACUGGUACUCUAUAUGGUAUAUUUCCAUCCCACUGGCAUAGAAAACCAGUUUCACUAGCAAACACACCUAACACUCCACCUCCAUCUCCUGGUGCAUCGACGAGUGAAGAGAAUCUGGUGCUACUGAGCAUUACAAUAACAGAACCGGACCAUGAUCAGCCAGCAAAGGACCAGUUUCAUCAGAAGAUCGUCUCUGUGGAUUUCAAUUGUUUGGAUCUGGUGAUCAGUGUGGAGUCCUGGAUGGUGGUCUUUGAUUUCUUUGGUUUUGCUGGUCCAUCAGGUACCAAACCCAAGGUUACCAUGCAUCAAGCCUCAAUUGAUUCCACAGAUCAGGUGGAUAAAGCAGAUAAUUUACCUCUGAGAGCAGAAACAGAGAUAGAAGUUAGAUCUUUGACAUUGGUGCUGAUACAGUCUGAAAGGGAAAUUGCAAAGGCCAAUGUAUCCAAUGCUAAUAUGCACAUUCUGAAAGUGAAUGGAAAGACAAAGGUGUCAGGAUCUUUAGGAUCCAUGUCUCUACUGGAUCUGACACCUCAUGGCAGAUUUUACAGAGAAAGAUUCCUUUCAUCUGGAAGAAAAGCUUUGAAUGUUCAGUAUUCCAGUUACAUAGACUCUGAGGAACGACCAUAUGAUGCUCAGUUAAUAUUAGAGAUGUCAGCAGUUCAUUAUGUACAUACCCAGAGGUUUGUAGCAGAGCUUCAAGCUUUCUUUGGCCAUUUUUCCCAGCUGUGGACCAUCAUGGCCAAUCUGAGAGCUGGAGUUGGAGCGAUAAUCGACACCAAUAAGAGGAGCAUGAGGUUGUCUUUGCAAUUACAAGCAGGUGCACCUGUGAUACUUUUGCCAGUGAGCUCUAGAUCAGACGAAUUGAUACUCCUAGAUUUGGGAGAACUUACAGCGCACAAUAGGUUUGCAGCUUCUGAGAUAAAUGAGAAAUGCAUGUUGGACAUAAUGUUCCUGGAACUGGUCAACAUGGACGUCUAUGCAGCUAAAAGGGUGAAAUGCGACGACCAGGACAAUGAUAUAGACACUCUAGUUGGAGGUUUUCACAUAAAAAGACUUGGUUCAUCAUUGCUUACUGAGAUGUGUCAUUUAAAACUACGCAUUGAAAGGAACUUGGACACCUAUAUCAGCAGAGAGAUUCCAGACUUGAGUAUUCAUGGAACAUUAUCCACAAUGGAUUGUGCUUUAGAUCCAGCUCAAUACAUGUUGAUUCGGGGACUGCUCUCUUACAACAUUGGAGAAAACUUAGAUGACCUGCGUCAGUUCAUGCAGGACCUGAAUCAGACAGUUGAAUAUUCUAUAGUCAGCAUGGCCAACAAGGAGAAGAUCUGGAAGAAAUCCUGCAUAACCCUGGAACUAGUGAAUGUAACUGUAAAACUACAUCCCAAUCAUAACAUUGCAGCCUUAGCUUGUGUUAAUUUCAUCAAAUCCAGGCUCACACUGGAUUCGUUGAGCGAUGGGUCCCAGGAUAUAGACCUAGUGUCUCAAGAAAUACUGAUCACCGAUAUGAGAUUCCAAGAUGAGCCAGCUAAUAAACAGUCUAAUGUUUUUACCAGUAUUCUGCAGCCUUUGAGGAAUUCGAAAAACGAAAAUCGUGUCCAGGCCGAGGUGCAUCACAGAAGACGCAAGGCAAACGCGGCAACAACAAUUUUAGUGCACAGUAUGCGUUUGACUGCUAUUUUAGAUUGGUGGGAGGCUGUGAGGGAUUUUCUGAUGCUGAAUUCCGUGGAACCAGAGCCUAUUCUUGGAACCUCACAGAUUACCACAGAAAGUAAUCAAGAAAAUGAGAAUAAUGUCUCAUCUACAAUUCCACUUGAGUUAAAAAUCAACAUCACUGACUCUGAGUUGGUUAUUGUGGAAGAUACAUCAGUUCGUGAUACAAAUGCUGUCAUCUUGAAAAGCACCACUGUGCUUUCAUACAGAUCUGCUCCUCAGGAAGGAGAGAAACUACUUUCCUGCAAUCUAUCUCAUUGUGAACUCUUCUCUUGUAUUCUUGGGCUAGAAGAGGAGACUGCCUUGUCCAUAAUAGAUCCAGUUGGAGCCAGCUUGGAUUUGACCCAAGAUAAAUGUUUGGAGAUACAGCUGCAGCCAUUGUGUGUUAGAUUAAGCUACCAUGAUGUGACCAUGUUCUCCAGAAUGCUCAGUUCUCUGCCCAAACAGACUCUGGUAGCCAAACAACGUUCAAGUGAAGCCUUGACACCCACUGAGAAACAGGUGCAAAAGCUAACAGUCCUAGGAUUCUCUGAUACUGACUGCAGAGCAGCUUUGGAUCUCUGUAAUGGACAAUUGGAUGAAGCAGCUCUCUGGCUGACACAAAAUGCAGUGCCUAGUUCAGACACUGGAGUGAAUAAUGAAUCUGUUUUUCACACUAUUGACUUGCAAACAUCCUGUGCAAGGAUAUGCAUUAUAGAUGAUUGCAGAGAUGCUGAUGUACCACUAUUAGAGAUUUCUCUAUUGGAUCUAAACUUAAGACAGGAGUGCAUGGGACCUGGUAUUGUGUCAGCCACUUUCAGCAUUGAUUAUUACAAUAGAGUUCUCAGUGGCUGGGAGCCAUUCAUUGAACCUUGGAGAGCCACUGUCCAAUGGGAGCAGGCAUUGACCAAUUCCCUAAAUGCAAAAAGAAUGCAGAUGUCCAUUGAUUCUCAGGACUCUGUAGAUGUGAAUAUUACCUCCACACUGAUAGAACUAAUAGAACUGGUCAAAAACAAUUGGAUGCAGGAUUUUUACCUGAUCUCCAGUAAAGAGGUGGCUGUGAGCAAGGCGAGCAGUGGACAAGCGUACAGGCGCCGGAUGCCCUUCAUUCCUUUUGCUCUGAGAAACGAAACUGGUUGCAAAUUGUGGUUCAAAACUAUUAUUGCCACUGCAGAUGACACUAAGAAUGUAGGGCACAAUUUUAAGGCCGCAAAUACUUUUCAGAAAGAUGAUACAUGGCUAGAAGUCACUCCAGGUGACACUGUACCAUUUACUUUCGAGGGAAGAGGAAAACUGAGGCAUCAUGCUACACAUACAGUCAGGAGACACCAGAUCACAGUGCUGGUAGAUGGAUGGAGACCGAUAGACCCAGUCACAGUGGAUCGUGUCGGGAUAUACUUCAGACACGCGAAUGCAGAUAUCACUGGUGCACAAACAGACACAGCAUUGUUUCAGAUGCUAACACCAAAGGCUAGAAUAGUGUUUGCUGUCGAGCUGGAGGGAUCAGCUAGAAAAUUAGUGACCAUUAGGUCAGCUUUACAAAUAUCCAACAAGCUAAAGCACACUGUGGAGAUCAAAAUGGAGAAAUCUUUGAGUCAGUUUGGAUAUCUGCCUCUAACAUUGUCCGUUAGCGACAGAAUUCUUCAAGUACCUGCCCAAUCCACUGUAUCGGUACCCUUGACGCACACAGGCGUGCAGAUGUGUUUAAAACCCAUCAAUUUGAACAAUUUGUAUCAGUAUUGUACGGAGACGAUAGAUUGGACUGUAGUGAAAAAACCGUUGGAGGUUAUAGAAAACCGUAUCACCUGUAGAGCCAACCAUAAUAAUAUAUUUAGAAUGUCAGUAGCAGUGAUGAGGGACAAUUAUCCACCGGAUAUUAGUCAAAUGCUGCCAGCACAUACCAUAACCAUAAUGGCACCCCUCACCCUGACCAAUUUAUUGCCUCAUGAACUAUUGUUCAAAAUUGGAAUUGAGAAUAGCCGAAUUCCACCAGGUGGUAGUGCAGAUGUGCACUCUGUGAAUAUUGAGGAACAACUGGAAAUUACUGUACAGUUGGAUGGUUACCCUGGAUCUGGAAUGGUACUACUACCACCAAACAUAAAUAACUCUUUCACUGCUAGACUUAGAUUAACAGACUACUCAGGUAGAAUACUGUACCUACAUGCAGCUGUCAAUAUAGAGAAGGGUUCUGCGAUACAGAUCAACAUUACUGCACCUUACUGGAUCAUAAACAAGACAGGUUUGCCUUUGGUGUUCAGACAAGAAGGAGUUGGAAUCGAGGCAGCCGGGCAAUUCGAGGAGCACGAGAAAGCCAGAAUGAUAGAACCUUUGCUGUUCUCCUUCAGUGAUGAAGAAGCUAGUAGAACUUUGUCAGUGAGAGUUGGUACUUCUGUACACCCGCAGGGAAUACCCCAGUGGUCUCAGCAUUUCCAUUUGCAGCCUGGAAUACAGGUGCACCGUCUCAGAAUAUCUCUACGCGAUGGUAGACCCGAUAUAGUAUAUCUGAUUAGCGUAGCCACUAGGACAGCCAGAGGAAAGUACAGGGCUACAACUGUAGUUACGCUAUCUCCUAGAUAUCAGUUGCACAACAAAUCCAGUUUUACCCUGGAAUUGUCUCAAAAAUGUUUUACUACGACAAUUAGUCAUCCAGAUGCUCAAGCAACCUACAUCAAAAUCAUGCCAGAUUGUCACAUGCCUUUUCACUGGCCACGUCUCGACAAAGAUCUGUUAUUAUGCGUUCGCAUGAUGAAUGUGAAGGACUGCAUGUGGUCAGGUGGCAUCAAGCUGGACGAUAAUUAUUCUUUGACAAUUAACAUAAGAGACACAACAGGAAGGAUGUACUUUCUUCGAGUCGACGUGGUCCUGCAGGAGAGCACGUAUUUUAUAGUGUUCACCGAUGCGGACACUAUGCCUCCUCCCAUAAGAGUGGACAAUUUUUCAGAGGUUCCCGUGGUAGUCAAUCAGGUAAUCGUGCAUGACAACCUGCAGUGGACAGUCAGACCACACUCCUCUGUGCCAUAUGCACUUGAUGAAUCCAUAGAAUCAGCCGCUUUAAUUUUAACUGCACCUGGAGGUGUUACAGCAACAUAUGACUUGAACAUACUUGGAGAAGGAAGGGUUUUGACUUACGAGAACUUCAUUUACAUUGCUUUCACAGGUACUUUCAAAACUGACUGCGAUUUAGGGACUGGAGAGGGUGGUAUGGACCCCCUAGAUGUUGAAACGCAGAGAUUAGUUUUAGAAGCAGGACCUGGUGGCUGGGUUGCUUUACGAAGAAAGCAAUAUGGCGCCCGAUCCCAAUUAUGGAGAAUGACUGGAGAUGGUCAGCUGCAACACGAAGGAUCCAGUCCACCUAGAGAUAAGCAUUCGAAAACUCCAGAAACAGUGUUGGUUCUGGAUAUAGCAGGCACAGCGCCUCAACCUUUCACCUACUGUGUCCUGGCGUUGAGGAAACCUGAUCCAAGAAGGAGAUCCACUCAAACCUGGCGAUUUACGGACGAUGGACGUUUGUGUUGCGUCCACAAGAACAUGUGUGUGCAAUCGAAAGACGGUUUCAUGGGAUUACACGAAGGCAGCAGAGUCGCCCGUUGGCGAAUGUGGUGCGAAGCAGUGUUGGGUCCUCAGACACAUACACAUCCUCCUCCAAUAGAGCAACGCGUGGGAAGACAGAAGCUGAGACCAGGAUCGGGGUUUCUGUCUGUCACAGUGACCACCGAUGGACCAACAAGGGUCCUCCAAGUGCUGGACAUCAAAGAAAAGAAAAAAACAUUCGCUCUGUUGGAAGAGCGCGAUUGGUCGCACAUUGCGGUCAGCCAUCGACCAACUCAAAUAAACAACAAUGCGGAGAAGAUCAAUGCUAGAGAAUUGGAGCUGAAAGUUAAUUUGUCUGCUGGCCUAGGGUUGUCGAUAGUCUCUCGAAGGCCAGUUGAGGAGUUGCUGUUUGCUCGUCUGGCUGGUAUCUCCUUGGAACUUGUUCAAACUCCUGCCAACACUACUUUAGACUUAAGUGUAGAAGACAUACAGAUCGACAAUCAGCUGUUUGAAGCACAGUGCACCUCUGUUCUGUAUGUAACCAGACCGACCAGAGUUGAAAGUGAGCAUAGGCCAGCGAUACACCUGGUCGCUGAGAAGUUGAAGUCCAAGAAUCAGAAUGCAGAGAUAUACAAGCAUGUGAUAGUGAGCAUCAAGCCUCUAUGCAUACAUUUGGAGGAAAAAUUGAUUUUGAAAUUGGCUGCCUUUGUGGGAGCAGGAAGAUCAGGGUUAGAGAUACCAGUGGAUGAGAAUGAUUUCAAGGCACAAAGGUUUAUUUCUGAAGUGUCUGCUGCUCACGCUAAGAGAUAUUACUUUGGCGCCUUAAAAAUUGUCCCUAGUCAGGUGAAAUUAAGCGUGCUCACUACGACGAAACUGCCACGCCAUCUUCAAGCCAUUAAAAGACAAUUAGGAUUAACUUUAAUCAAGUUCGAAGACGCUACCAUUGAAUUGGAACCGUUUAUUAAGAAACAUCCAUUCGAGAGUACUCAAUUCCUAGUACAUUCUGUCAUAAAACAUUACAAAGAUGAAUUAAAAUGGCAGGCUGCAGUGAUACUCGGCUCCGUGGACUUCCUAGGCAACCCUCUGGGCUUUGUGAACGACGUCACCGAGGGUGUGUCAGGCUUGAUCUACGAAGGAAGUGUGAAGACACUGGUGAAAAACGUCACACACGGUAUAUCUAACUCUGCUGCCAAGGUAACAGAGUCUUUAUCUGAUGGAUUAGGAAGAGUCAUAAUGGAUGAAAGACAUGAGGAAGCUAGACAAAGAAUUCGAGCCAACACUACAGGCAGCAGCGAUCAUUUGGUAGCUGGACUGAAGGGCUUUGGCUUUGGAUUGCUUGGAGGAGUGACCAGCAUCUUCAAGCAGACUUAUGAUGGGGCCACAAAUGAAGGCUUCCCAGGUUUUUUCGCUGGUUUUGGCAAAGGAGUGGUUGGAACCAUCACCAAGCCUGUAGUAGGCGUGCUAGACCUUGCCACAGAGACUGCCACUGCUGUGAGAGAGACUAGUAGAAGUGCUCACCGUACAAUACCCAAACGUGACAGAUCUCCUCGUGUAGCUAGUGGUUCUGCUGGAUUAUUACCACCUUACAAUCGUCAACAAGCUGAAGGUCAAGAGUUUCUCUAUAUCAUAAAUGAACACAAUUACUCAGAAUUAUUUGUGGCGUAUGAGUGUCUGCGUAGUGGAACGGAGAAUCUGAGAGUGCUUGUCUCAAACGAAAGGGUUCGUGUGAUUUCUGGCGGUACCAAAGGAGUAGUAACUGAAGUCAACCUGGCAGACCUACUAUAUUGCCAACCUAUGCAGAAAUUAGAGAGUAACGGUGUUACUUUGUAUUACAUAGAAUUAAUAUCUAGAUCAGACUCGUCGGCAUCUGUGAAUGUAGAUGGUCCUGAGAUUCUGAGAAGACCUAAGGUUCGCUGUGACAACGAGGAAGUGGCCAAACGAGUGUCGCAACAAAUUAAUUAUGCUAAAGGGAUGCACGAGGAGCGUAGCUUGACCUUAUCAUCGUGUGACAACAUGCUGGACGACGUGCAGUACUACAAGUAGUCGUAACAAAUCUAACAACGGAUAUUUUCUACUCUUAUAUUUCUAUGCUAGUCAGUUUUCCCGGUUUCUCUUUGUAUAUUUCUUGUUUUCCUUCUUCUUUUCUCUUUUUUCAACAGUGCACACAUAACGAUGCCUUACUACGCUUAAAAACUAAGUUGACGCGAUAAGACUGAGUCCGUAAUGCAGAACGGGAGAAAUUUAAACGCGAUGAGAGUAUCAGACAAUAUUAUUGUAAAGAUACAUGGGGAAAAAAGAAAUUUUGGUUUUCGCACAGUUAGCACACGUAAAUGUACGCGUACACACACACACACACACACAAACA